AUGACGCUGUAUCAAUCACCACUUGUUCAAGGCUUCCGAUUCGUCAUAUGGCCCUUCUCACGGUCUUAUUAUUGGACUAGAUGCUUGCAAACUUCUUCUGCUACUGCAUCUCUAUCUACAGUCCUCAGUGCAUCUUCAAAACACAAAGCAAAGACUCGUAAGAAACAGUCACGUUUAAUUACGCUGCCUGUAUUUUGGCCAAUCAAAGGUGUCUCUGAACCUCCUCAAUUACGUCCCCAUGAGAUAGACAUUGUAAACCGUCUGUUUAAAGUAGACAGUACAUUGAUCACGACAACGUCGGAUCCGACCGACCUUCCAGAGUGGAACGUUCCGGAAAUCGCCUUUGCCGGUCGUUCAAAUGCUGGCAAAUCGUCCCUGAUUAACGCUUUGACCGGUCAGAGGACACUUGUGAAGACAUCAAAGACACCUGGACGGACACAGCAAUUGCAUUUUCUCAGUGUAGGGGGUAAAAAAGGUAGUUUGCCAAUCUUGUCGCUUGUGGACAUGCCCGGCUUUGGUUUUGCGACGGCCCCCAAAAAAGUGGUGGACGAAUGGCACACGCUUGUAGGUGGCUAUGUGGACAACCGGCGUGGUAACAACCUGAAGACGACAAUGCUACUAAUUGACGCACGACGAGGUUUGGGUCCGGCUGAUCAUGACUUUAUGGAUUUCCUGCACGACCUGGGGGCGCUGUAUCAGGUGGUGUUUACCAAGGUGGAUACAGUCAACCGAACAGAACUCGAGAAACAGAUUGAAAAGGCAAGAGAUGUGGCACUGAAUGCAAAGCGAAUGAGUAUGAACCCGGUUAUCCAAGUGACGAGUGUGAAAGAACGAUUUGGUAUCAAGGAGUUGCAGCGUCAACUUGUGAGCAUGACAGGGCUGCUAGCAAAUCAGCGUCUAUAA